ACUGAUUUUUCAUCCUAGGAAAUUCUUAAUGAGAGCUGCUGCUGCUGCAGGGACGUGUGGGGGUCCCGUAACACCCGCUCCUCCCCAAGGGCUCUCCGACAUCCCACUCUGGGCUGCGCGCUCGCCUUUUAUUCCGAGGGUGAGCGACCCCCCCGUGGUCAGAUAGCGGCUCGGGAGGGAGGAGCGGAGCUCUCCACAUGUCUGCCUUCCCUUAUCAACUUAUCAUAUAAGGAAAGGAGAGUGAUUGAUUCGUUUACCGAGCGGUAAAAUCAGGACGAAGCUGAGCAGAAGGAAGCGGUGAGGCUUUUUUGGGGGAAAGGAAGGCAGAGCCUGCAGCCACGGUGGGACUGCUCUUCCUUUCUGCAUCUGACAGCUGAGGGCACGACUGGGGGGAGUACGGCGUGGGACUGGGACGGCCAGAAAGUCCAGCCCUCGUUCAGACAACACAUGGCAGCAGAGCACUGAAUUUCUGCACAGGUUAACUUCGAUCUGGGCUCCUGUCAGCACACCAAGGCGCUCCGGAUCUGCUGGCUGGCCGCAGGAAUUAAAAUGCAGCUGACUGUUUACUUCACUUGGAGCUGCAGCAUUUUCCUAGCUUCGGGAUACAACUCCUUCAGUAAAAGCAUGGAGACUAUCGGCAAGAAGCAGUACCAGGUUCAGCACGGGUCGUGCAGCUACACCUUCCUCUUGCCUGAGACAGACAACUGCCGAUCUUCCAGCUCUUACGUCUCUAACGCCGUGCAGAGGGACGCACCUCUAGACUAUGAUGAUUCAGUUCAAAGACUGCAACUACUUGAAAACAUCAUGGAAAACAACACCCAGUGGCUAAUGAAGCUUGAGAAUUACAUCCAAGACAGUAUGAAGAAAGAAAUGGUAGAGAUCCAGCAAACUGCAGUGCAGAACCAGACUGCAGUAAUGAUUGAAAUAGGCACAAACUUACUAAAUCAAACAGCUGAACAGACCCGCAAAUUAACAGAUGUUGAAGCACAAGUAUUAAACCAGACAACCAGACUUGAACUUCAGCUUUUGGAACACUCUCUUUCAACAAAUAAAUUAGAAAGACAGAUUUCAGAUCAGACCAAUGAGAUAACUAAAUUACAAGAAAAAAACAGCUUUCUAGAAAAAAGAGUUCUUGAGAUGGAAGACAAGCACACACUUCAGCUGAAGUCAAUAAAAGAUGAAAAAGAUCAGCUUCAGGUCCUAGUAGCCAGACAGAAUUCCAUUAUAGAAGAACUAGAAAAGCAGUUAGUUACAGCCACGGUAAACAACUCUGUUCUGCAAAAACAGCAACAUGAUUUGAUGGAGACUGUUCAUAACUUGCUUACUAUGAUAUCAACACCAAACUCUAAGAACAACUUCAUAGCUAAAGAGGAGCAAAUCAGCUUCAAAGACUGUGCUGAAGCUUUCAAAUCUGGACUCACAACAAGUGGAAUCUACACCUUAACGGUUCCUAACACUGCACAGGAAAAGAAGGCCUACUGUGACAUGGAAACUAAUGGAGGAGGUUGGACAAUUAUGCAAAGACGUGAAGAUGGCAGCGUGGAUUUUCACCGGACAUGGAAAGACUACAAGAUGGGAUUUGGUGAUCCUGCUGGAGAGUACUGGCUAGGAAAUGAGUUUGUUUCUCAACUGACUAAUCAGAAGCGUUACGUUCUUAAAAUACUCCUGAAAGACUGGGAAGGAAAUGAAGCAUAUUCUUUGUAUGACCAAUUCUAUCUAGCAAAUGAAGAACAAAAAUACAGGAUCCACCUUAAAGGACUUACGGGGACAGCAGGCAAAAUAAGCAGUAUAAGCCAACCAGGAAAUGAUUUUAGCACAAAGGAUGCAGACAAUGACAAAUGUAUUUGCAAAUGUUCACAAAUGCUAACAGGAGGGUGGUGGUUUGAUGCAUGUGGUCCUUCUAACCUCAAUGGAAUGUAUUACCCAUUACGACAGAACAAUAACAAGUUCAAUGGUAUUAAGUGGUACUACUGGAAAGGCUCAGGAUACUCUCUCAAAGCCACAACUAUGAUGAUUCGACCAGCAGAUUUUUAAAUGCUUUUGCAUUCUUAUGUGAAUUAUGUAUUGUAUAGUCUUCAAAGACUUCAUUUGCCAAGCAUAUAAACACAUCUGCAACUUGUCUCAUUUUCAAGCCCAGAAAACAUGCGCUAAUGUUCUGAAGGGAUCAGUUCAUUCCAAUCCUUGAAUUGCAAUAGCCUUGAUCCACUAAAGCUCGUAUUAUUCAACUAGACACAAAGUCUAAAGCAUCAACAUGAUAUAACAGUUAUUUGGCCAAAUGACUGAAUAAAAAGAAUAUCCAAGAAACUGUCAGACAACUGAAGGACUGUCUUUUACCGAUCAUUUAUGUUAUAUAUGUGUUAGUAAAUAACUGGAACUGUGAAAAAUACCUAAAAUAGUUUUAGCAAUAUCCAUUUUGCCUCAUCACUGAACUUCAAACAUUACUCUAAUAUAAAACACGUAACUAGGUCUAGAACUAUUUAUCUGUGUGUCUGUUUGCCGUUAUGUACAUAGAAAUUAUACUCUUCUGUAAUUAGCCCAAUAUUGUAGUUAUUACAUUCUUUCCCCCAUAAUCUCCUAAACAAUUUCUUAUACUUAUUCAUAUUUUUUUUCCAACAGCCUGUAUUACUUUAUUUAAAAGAGGACAAAUAGCAUUUAAGUACUUUGCAUUUAUUCUUGAGAAAUACCAUGUACAAAAAAUACCAUUUAUUUCAGUUUGCACUUAUUACAGUUACUAUCUUUAAGUUACAAAAAUCCCUGCAAAUUACAGUGUUUCUUUACGUUGUUAUGAAAAUUGCACUUUUUUAUUACCUUGUCAUUUACCUGUAAAAUAACUGACCAGUAUUUUAUAAACUGAGACAACAGCAUAAACACCAGAUGUCUAGUUGUCUAUGACAAUCAGUCAUGGUGCUGUAGUCCAUCUAAAUAUUUUGUAAAAAUAACCUAUCUUAAAAAACAUAUGCAUGUUAUUUGAUGAAAUUCAAUUUAUGCCUGUGAAUUAAGAAAGAAAUUACUAUAUUUGAAAAACAAGGGAAAAAAAAAUCUGAAAGUUACCAAAGGUCAUACUGUAGGUUUUUUGUUUGUUUGUUUGUUUUUCAGUGAGGUUAGUAUUUCUCCCUUAAAAUUUUUCAUGAAGAAGGUAGGCCCUCAAUGUAUAACACAAUGUGAAUAAAUGACUCUACCAGGUAA